AUGGCAGUUCCUGCAUAUGCUAAUAUUCAUUGGGAUGGUAAUGUUAUAAAUAGUUGUAAUGGUUACGAUUAUGAUGGAGGUUUUUCAAAGAUUAUUCCAUUGGGUAAAUGGAUAAGUUUUAAUCAAUUGGUCGGUAAAAUUGCUCGUGCAAUUGGAUUAUCCGAGAAUAAUGAAUUUAUAGAGACGAUUAGUUUUAGAAAGCCUACAAUACUUCGUUGUGUUGAUACUACAAAUGAGAAUGCUGAUAUUGGUCCAUCUGGAACUGCUGUUGAAUCAAAUGAUGAACCAUGUGAAGAGCAAAAUGUAGUUGAUGAUUAUGGUUUAUGUGAUAGUCUUGCAGGGCCGUCAUUUAAUUUAUCUGAUACAGUAGAGAAUGAGGACGAGGACGAGGACGAUGACGAGGAUGAGGAUGACGAUGAUUCAUGGAUGUCUACUGAGGAUGAUGAUGAUGAUAAUGGACAGGAGGAUAUUGGGAGUGAGUCUCGAUAUUACAACACACAAUUUUCUAAUCCUAUUGUGCCUGUUGUUCAUCCUCCCCCAUAUGCAGAAAUAGACUUCGAUUUGUUGAGGGUGGAUCCUUAUGAUAAGCCAGAAGGUCGUUACUUUUGGGAUCCUUCUAAAGAGUUUUCAGUUGGGAUGAUAUUUUCUUCGAGAGAUGCAGUGGCUGCGGCUGCAAAAGAAUAUCAUCUAAGACAUCAUCAUCAAUUUUGUUAUCAUGAAACAAGGGAGAAGACGUAUUCUAUAAAGUGUAAAGACAAAGACAGUGGAUGUGCAUGGAGGCUUCGAGCAUCCAAGAAAGAAGGGGAGGACAAAACAUGGAAAGCUAAGCAGAAGGCAAUUGCACGGCUUUAUGGGGGUUGGGAUGAAUCAUACAGUCGUUUGCGUAGAUUCAUGACUGCUCUUCAUCAUUUUAACCCAGAAACACAAUCGAUUGAGGGAUUUAAACAUUGCCGACCUGUUAUCUCAAUCGAUGGGACAUUCUUGUACGGAAAAUACACCGGGUGUAUACUGUGUGCAACCGCACUUGAUAGAAAUAAUCAACUAUUUCCAUUAGCUUUUGCCAUUGCGAUGCAGAAAGAUUGGUGGCAACCUCCAUCUGGUCAUCAUCGUUACUGCAUCAGACAUGUUCUGAGUAAUUACAAUAAGACAUUCAAAAAUGCAGCAAUAAAGGAAGCGUUGCGCAAGGCAGCAAAUGAAAAUCAGAAAAGAAAAUUUUAUGAUGCAAUGAACAAUAUUCGGGAGGUGCACCCAGAAUCCUACGAUUGGGCAAUUAAGAUAAAUUUAGAGAAAUGGACGAGAUCGCACGAUGGUGGACAGAGGUAUGGCGUGAUGACAACGAACAUGGCAGAAUCGCUAAACGGAAUGAUGAAAGGAUUCCGGGUGUUGCCAAUAAUGGCAAUGGUUGAAAAAAUAUUUUUCCAGUAUGUCCAUUAUUUUAAUAUGCGGAGGACAACAUUUUUGGAUCAACAAAGCAGAGGCUAUGUUUUCAGUCAGUAUUGUAGUGACACACUGCGUGCUAAUGCGAUUAAAGCAAAUGGACAUAGAGUCCGGCGGUUCAAUAGUCAGACAAUGGUUUGCGAAAUAAUUACUGCAAAUGGGAGGCAAAAGCAAGUGGUCAAACUCAUGGAUCAAACAUGCACUUAUGGCAAAUUUCAGGAGAUAAGAAUACCAUGUUCUCAUGCUAUUGCUGCAUGCAUGUCACAUUCAAUUGACUACGAACAAUUUGUGUCUGACUAUUAUAAAUUGGAUCGUACAAUCCAAUGUUACGCCUACACGUUCCAUCCUCUUGGACAUCCUGACUAUUGGCCUGCAGCAGAUGGACUUCCUCUCGUGCCUGACAUUUCUAGAAUAAGGAAGAAGGGACGACCGAGGUCCUCUAGAAUACGUAAUGAGAUGGACUGGAGGUCAAACAAAAUAAAAGAAACAUCCAGAGUCCAUUGUUCAAUAUGUGGCAGGGUGGGACACAAUAAAAAAACUUGUAUGGGUGGGGAAUCAAGUAGAUAA